AUGGAGCUGAAGUGCCUUUUGAUGUGGCUCUUGUUUGGAUCCAUCAAGGGGACCAAGUCAGAAGAAUGCCCAGCUCUUCCAAGGACUGAAUUUGCUGAUGUUACUGCUGAAACAUAUCCACUGGGGACCAAACUGUAUUAUGAAUGUGACAGUGGCUAUGAAAGAAGAAGUGGCCAGUACGGUGGAAUUCGGUGUCAGAUUAUACAGCAGGUUGCUUCUUGGGUCUACAAGGAAUUUGAAUGCAUCGAUAAGAAAAUUUUGUUGUCAACGGCUCCCACAAUAGAGUUAGGUUUUCCACAGAAGCCAGACAGAAAAACACAGAGUCCUGCACCCCAGAAGCAAGAAAACCUCUCAGAGUUUGACCAGAAACAUUUUUGUGGUCCUCCCAAGACUAUUCCACAUGCCUUUUUAAACCUGAACAAACAGUAUUACGUGGGACAAGUAUUACAUUUCAAAUGCCAGAGCGGUUACGAUAAGCGACACCCCACCUCUGGCACCCGCAGGUGUGAGAAGGUGAAUGGCAAAAUCAUCUGGACCCCUCUUGACAUGCGAUGCACCAAUGACAGCAGCUAUAGCAGGAAGUGGCCACCACAGACUAUUGAGCCAGGUUCGACUCAUCCAUCCUUUUCCUCAUCUGUGAUACUGCCAGUGACAGCUAUUUUCUUUGUUCUGCUUAUCAUGCCUGCUGUCUUUGUGUGA